AUGAACAAAGCUGGGGAUACGUCCCACGACUACUCUAGACCCAGCUUUAGCAGCGACAAUCAAAACGGGUCACAGGAAAAUAACGUGGGGACGAGUGGAAUUGUAGAUGAGGAAAUGGAAGUAGACGGUGAGAUUAUGAUUACAGAUUCACUGGAUGAAGAAGAGUUUGUGAGGAAAUAUGGAGAUAUCAAUUUCCAGUACAUCAAGAGACCCAAAGAUGCGGUGUGGUUUAUUCGACCCCAUGCAUUGAACUACUUUAAAGACGGAGUAUUGUACCGAACCAAGGGAGAGAGAACUUCGUCUAAAACCGAAUUGUUUCUCGAUUUGAUGUAUGUGGGAAUCAUAGCAAAUCUCGCGGGAAGCGCCGCCGAAGAAGCAACAGGAGCAGCGUUCCUUGAGUAUGUGUUACUUUUUAUUCCCGCAUGGAUGGUUUGGGCCGAUAUCAAAGAUUUCACCAACUAUUACUAUAACGAGGACUUGUCACAAAAGAUAUAUAUCUUGUGGAUAUUAGUUCUUUUGACGCUAUUUUCCAAUAACCACUACCGAGUGCUCGAAGAUGUCAAAGGUGCAGCUCUUACGGUAGUUCCCUAUAUUUUAUGCCGAAUUUCGUUGGCCAUCAGUUUGGUGAUAUACUCGUUCUUUAUCCCCCAACAUCGCCCUCAAAUGCGACUUUACUCCGGAAUGAUCUUGGUAACUUGUUGCUUAUGGAUCCCUGUGAUCUUUAUAUCAACCAGAGCCAAAAUCGGGUUAUCGUUUGCAAUUUUGUUUCUUGAGAUGGCGAGUCAAGUAAUCGCAUACCAUCCGAUUACCAAGAAAUACAUGAAAUUGACCGAGUCCACCGCGUUGAAUAUUGAGCAUGAGGUGGAAAGAUACGGUGUGUUUGUUACCAUUGCCAUUGGUGAGUUUUUGUACAAGGUGGUGGCAGAAGGUCCUUUGGGCACUGGUCUCACCGACAAGUUUGCUCGCGGAGUUUUCUUGCUAAUUAUCGCCUACGAUUUGUUCUGGAUCUACCAAUACGGUUCCAGCUGUAAAAAGGCAACCCAUGCGUUGCGCUACAGUGGGUGGACCGCCAUUGCGUGGAUGUACACCCAUCUCCCGUUGGUGGCUCUGUUGGUGUUGGCGGCCGAUGCUGGCGGAGACCUUUGCUCUCUAGACAUUACCUCCACCAAAAAACACCUCGAGCCUGAAACUGAGCCAGCAGCUGGUGUCCAUGAAAGAUUCAUUCGUCGGUCAGAAGAAGAGGCACCCAACAUGUAUGGACUUUCAUUUUACUUUACCGGCGGAAUCUGCGUUUCUCUCAUAUGUAUGUUUUUGAUUGGUCUUUAUGACCAAGGAAGAGACCCACCAGAUUUACAUCUCGUUUCGCGGUUCUGGCGCAUUUUUGUCCGGGUUCCCAUAGGAAUAAUCAUCGUUUGUGUCAGCUUAGCCGAACUCAACACCACUGCUCUCAUGGGCAUUGUCACGGCGCUACUCACGGUGCUUUUGGUCUACGAGUCUGUAGUGAUGACGCCCAAACUGUGCUUGUCUUUUGUCAAAACCAGAUAG